ACAAACUUACUGGUCCACGCUGACACAAGGAUGGCCCCACCUUCUGGGCACAGCCUCCUGCUGACCAGCGCCCUGGGCCUCCUUGUCCUGGACUGCUUCACAGGAGGUCAGAAGAACAGCACCCUGAUCUUCACAAAGGAAAACACCAUUCGGAACUGCAGUUGCGCGGCAGACGUCUGGGACUGUGACUACAGUUUGGCCAACUUGAUGUGCAGCUGCAACACCGUCCUGCCCGCCGCGAUAGAGCAAGCCAGCUACAAUGACCGUCUGACCAUCUGGUUCACGGAUGCAUCCGCACUGGGUCUCUUGUUGAACUUCACCUUGGUCCGGGACCUGAAGCUUUCUCUGUGCGGUCCCAACACUCUCCCCACCGAAUACCUGGCUAUCUGCGGCCUGAAGCGGCUUCGCAUCAGCACUGAGGCCCAGCGGCCAGCACCGGACCAGAGCUUGCUCAUUGACCACGGCAGGGAGAAUGAACCCAGGGAGAAGCCGGUGCGGUUACCCGGAGGCUGGCAGACGUGUAUGUAUGUCUCGUUCUUAGAUAUGGCACUUUUCAACAGGAAGUCAUCCUUAAAAGCAUACAGUAUUGAAAACGUUGCCAACACCGCCAACAGUCUUCCCCACUUUUCUUACUUUGAGACCUUCCCGAUUUUGAGCAACAAAAGCUAUGUGGUCACGUUCAUUUACUAACAUUGUAGAAGGUUCCAACCGCCAGGAAUUUUGGCAAACUAUGGAUAACUCGAAAAAGGACCUGGGAACAAGGCCAUGGGUAUCCUUACCCACAACUUCCCAUCUGCCUGGCCCCCAUUCACAGCACAGCCAUGUACGCAGCCAGCCCUCUCUGCUCCACUCCAUGCCCAA